GGUCAUAUCCGGGCGGAGCGGGACAUCUUGGUUCAGGCAGACAGUCUGUGGGUGGUGAAAAUGUUCUACAGUUUUCAAGACAAACUGAACCUUUACUUACUCAUGGAGUUCCUGCCCGGAGGAGACAUGAUGACGCUGCUGAUGAAGAAGGACACACUGACCGAGGAGGAGACGCAGUUUUACGUAGCUGAGACCGUUCUGGCCAUCGACUUUAUCCACCAGCUGGGCUUCAUUCACCGAGACAUCAAACCAGACAACCUGCUGCUGGACUCCAAGGGUCACGUCAAGCUGUCUGAUUUCGGCUUGUGUACGGGACUCAAAAAGGCGCAUCGGACCGAGUUUUAUCGCAACCUGAACCACAGCCAAUCAAACGACCUCACGUUUCAGCACAUGAACUCCAAGAGGAAGGCCGAGACGUGGAAGAGAAACCGGAGGCAGCUGGCCUUCUCCACGGUGGGAACGCCGGACUACAUCGCGCCGGAGGUCUUCAUGCAGACCGGAUACAACAAGCUCUGCGAUUGGUGGAGUCUGGGCGUCAUCAUGUUCGAGAUGCUGAUUGGUAAGAAAGAGAGACCCGCCGCGAUCCCCAUCGAGAUCAAGAGCAUCGACGACACGUCCAACUUCGACGAGUUCCCCGAGUCCGACAUCCUGCAGCCCACCAGUCCGGCGGUGGCGAGCAACCAUCACUCGGAGUCGGACUACAAGAACAAGGACUGGGUCUUCAUCAACUACACCUACAAGCGCUUCGAGGGCCUGACAGCCAGAGGAGCCAUCCCCGCCUACAUGAAGAGCGGCAAACGGUGAAUCCUGGGCGAUUCUGAAACGGUUAAGGUGGAUGCAACAUAUGCACGCAGAAUUCAUACAACUAAAUAUUCUGGGGGCCAUGAAAUAUUAGUGAAAAUCAGCAACAAUGCUGGCGGU